CCUUCCACGAUAAAUCACCAUUUCUCCUCGAGUCUUUUCCCCAACAAUGCCUCCCAAUCCUCCAGAAGAGCCCUCCUACGGCUACGACCAGCACACCAUUCUCCCCUCGCCCACACCCUCGGCGUCCUCGAGUGGUGCCUCUCAAAACGCCCCCAAUCCCCAUCGCCAUGGUCCCUUCAGAGACCACGAAGCUGCCGCUCGAAACACCUCACAAUUCUCCCACAAUUCACACCACUCAGAUGGCCAGGCGUCUCGCAAGUCCAUAGCCUCGGACUUCAAGGGAUUCCAGCCACCUCCAGCUCCAAAAGUCCGCGAUGCCAUGGGCAACAGAGAGUCGUAUAUCUCGCUGUUUUCCGAUUAUUCGGCGAGAAUUGACAACGUCGAUGAUAUGGGAGCCCAGCCACAGCAUGUCAAGCUCGUUGACGACUCUCGCAGCGUUCCUCGCCACCAAAUAGCCAUAGAUAUGUCAGAUUUGACUUCAGAAGCUUCCUCUGUAAACUAUGGCAAGCUUCCCACAAUCGUCACCACGGCCCAGAAGGGUAGUCCAGAGGCCAAGGUUCUGCCAGACUACUCCUACGACACCAACAUCGAGGCAGCAGUCCCCCAAAGAUCGCCCAGAAGACCCAAAUCCGAAAUUAUCUCCCUGGGCCAGACACAGGCAUUGCACAAGGCCCUCGAGAGCACCAAGAAGGCCAAACAUAGGAAGCACAAGUCUGUGGCUUUGAGCGAUGAUUUGGACGAUUUGAUGAAAACUGCCAGCAAUUUGGAGUCUUUAGAAGGUGAGGACUUCUACACGGACGACGUCUCAAGUGGGAACAAUGACCCCAGGGACCCAGCAGAGGCAGUCAAGGCAGCUACAGCCUCUCCAGAAGACUCGGUUAUCACUAUCGUGAAGGCCAGAGAGGGCAAAAACUUGCCUCCAAGACCCUCGUUUGAGCACUUGAGAAGAGCCCGCGAAGUUAGCAACGCCCUUCAGGAAAAGGACUUGUACGAAUCGGGAAUCAAGGAGCCACACGAAGCACAGAAACCUGUCGAACCUGGGCCCGUUGAAGGUCGAAGCAGGCUGUUUGGUCUGGUCGACCCAAUCAUAGGCUAUAAGGGCCCGGGUGUGGACCCGUACCUGGGCCCAGGAAUCCAAAAGGACUUCAGCUACAAGGGCUUGACGUUCUCUGACGAAAGUGUCAAUCCUGUGACAAAGGUCCAAGAGAAAAUCGGCAAAGAAUUUCCCAAGAAAAAACUUGAGGACGAUAUCCCCCAUACCACAGAGCCAGUCAUUGCCAGCAGUUCCCCCAAUCCCGCUGAAACCGGUAACAGGGACUACGAGCCUAUUCCAGCGGCUGUGGAAACCUCGUCAAUUUCUUCCAAGCUUUCCAGCGAUUCACAUCUUCCAGACCAAUCCGCUGACGCAACCUAUGCACAAGACUUCAAUCCCACACCCUCACAGACACCCAACCCAAACGAACGUCACAAUUCUACCUCUUCUUUCUACCCAGAUAGCAGAAAAUAUUCCGCUGCCAGCAGCUACCACGUCAAAAACACUACUGGGCCUGCAACCAUUGGUGUCGAUCCAAAAACCACAAACGAUGAGGACGAAUACUACGACAUAGGCGAGCCUGUUAUUGUGCACAACCCAGCCAGAGUCAGAUCGGUCAAAGAUAGCACCACUAGACUCCCAACCCACAAGAGAACCAAGAGCAAAAGCAAAAAGGUUCGGGGUUCUCGGGCAUCUCGUGAGCUCAGACCCUUCAGCUACAGCACCUUGAUCAGCUUGUUGGAGAGCAUGAACGGAACCAUCAUAGGAGAAGAGUUCAGCCACUUGAACUUGCCCGUCAAGGAGAAGCAGUUGAUCGAGAAAAUCGUGGAUUCGUUGUCGAGAUUGACCCUGGACAUGGUCAUCGACGAGAACAGGUACGAGGUGGGCAUCCAGAGAUUGGAGAAGGCUUUGAGGGUGUUAGAAGGGUUCAUGUAGUCGGGUUUUUCAGUUCACUCCAAUAAUUUUCCAAUUUUCGCAGCCAAAAUGCAGCAACUUUAUCUUCGCUACAUACAUGCGGAGUUCACCAUUGCCAGGCAUUCAUCGGUCUAGCGUUGUAACAUAGUGAUUGUACAGUGGGCGUGACUACACUAGCGAUA